AAGCUGAAUGGUAUAAAGGUACGGUACAGUACCUGCUGAUGGGCACCUUGCCCGAGGACAAAUUGCUCCGCAAGGAGGUGUUGCGGCACGCGGGGAGGCUCAUGGUACAGGAAUCUCCACUCCCCGGUGCUGCUUCACAGGAAGAAAAUACGAAACUCACGUUUAGGAAUGGGGAUGGCACCACUGCCCCAUACCUGGAGCCGCCAUUCAGGAAGGACUUUUUGAAAAGGAUGCACGCGGAGUACGGCCACCUAG